UUUUAUUUUAAAAUUCAGUAAGAGUAAGUUGUUUUUUUAAGGUAGGGUCUCACUCUAGCUCAAGCUGGCCUCAUGCUAGUGGCAACCCAGUUUUCUUGACUCAGGGCUGGUUAUAUGGAAACAACCCUAACGGUCUUACUUUGGGGGCCUGGGACGGGGGUACUGAUGGCAGGCGGGUUGCUACAGUAGACAGAUUACUUUGUUUUUACACCAUCCACUACCUUUGCUGGGCCGGCCAACAUGGUGUUCCAGGGUACUUGAGAAAUCCAAACAUAAUUUCUCCACCACGGAAAGCCUUUUCAGAGCCAGGAACUAGUGCAAAGAUCCAGAUAAUCGAACUCUCCAUCUCCCUGAAGCCUCUCCUUCACACAGGCCUCUGGACACACACCUCUGGCCCAUCACACCUUACCUGCUGGGGUGGUAGAUGCUUUGCUCUCAGAAGCCUAACCCAGCCUGAGCCUCACCAUCUGCCUCCCGGUUUUUUUGGAUCCUCCUCUCUCUAGGAAGACUGCAGGACUACCCCCCUCCCCCCCCGCGCGCGCGCGCGCAAGUUUCCCAGGGGCUCUACCCUGCCUGGCUGCCUCUAUUCAGAAACAAACUGGAUUUGGGGGCUUUGCAUUUUGCACUGUGGUGCCAGCUGUGCAGAAAGCCCCCUCCAUGAUUUCUUUGGGCUCCUUUAAGACCCUCCCCUCCCCGGGCUCCAGACCUCCAAUCUCCCAGAGCCAUGAUCUUCAAAGGCCAUGCUCUGUCCCAUCUGGGCAAGGCGGGCAGUGUGGGGUGACUCAGCCCCGGAAUGUGCUCACUUCCCCACUCUGCACACCUGCCUGCACUGCUGGAACACAGCCUGGCCCCCACCAGAGGAUGUUUUCCUUCCCCUGCACAGGUGGCCGUUGCCAACCCCUACCCAGACUCCUGCCCUGCCCCUUGCCCCAAAGCUGCUCUCCGGAGACUCAGUGGGCUGCGCUUUAACCACCGAUCCCCCUACACGUCCACAGCAGUGCCCAGGCCACCCCCCUACACAUCCACAGCAGUAGCAGCCCAUCAACCAGUUCUACACUGCCCUGAAACUUCAAAAAGUAAUCCUGCUCAGCCCCAGCCUCCUUCCAGAAGUUCCCACAGCUACAUGCCUGCUUCAUCUGCAUUCCAGGAGGCUAAUUCUCACUUCAAAGUUCGCUGUGGGUCAGACACCAGUGCCCACCAGGUCCCACUUCUGGACCCCCACCGCCUCCAGGAUCUCCAGCCUCCCACUAGCUUCUGCUUCUAGUCAGUAGUUACUGAGAAAAUAGUCUGCAUCAGCCGUCAGGUGGGUCCCCCGCAAAGCUGUGGUAGAGCUACCUGAUGACUAGACUCCUAAGCCCUAUACUAUGCUUGAUGCCUUCUAAUCCCUUCUCCAGCCAAGACAGCAGGGAGUCAAGGCCAUGCCCCCUACAGGAGCUAACCUAGGUGCACCCUGCUAAGUUUUCCUUUGCUUUUGUCUUGACACCCCUCUGAAAGGGAAUCUUGUUCUCUCACUCAAUUUGGUGGGGGGGGGGGGUGCUUGGGGUGGAACCCAGGACAUUGAGACAAGCACUCUAUCAACGAACCACAUGCCCAGCCAAAGCAAAGGGCAUCUUGGAGGAAGACAGCUAAGGAAUUAGAGGGGACAGUGACUGCUGAAUGAAGAGAUGGCCAGCAUCCCGCCAGAAGUAGGUCCUAUGUGCUGUACUAGGUGAUGGAGUAAAGCUUGGAGUGAAUGGACUACAGACUUGAAUGAAAAGCAGAGCAAACAUCUGUGAGCAGGAGCAGGAUAGUUGGAACAACGCUGGGCCUUUGAAAUGUGGGAAAGUGAGGUAAAAGAAGUCCAGUUGGAGCAGGGCCUUAGUAACAAACUAUUAUAAGUGCUCACAAAGGAGAUUUGGGAUGCACAUGAGGGGGAAAAAGGGUCAGGAUCAAAUAAGGAAAAAAAAAAAAAACAAAGUCCUAAAGCUAGAGAAAGGCAGGGAGGGUAAGACGAACCCUCUCCCAAGGUACUGAGGUGGGAAAGGAGGCUUAAUCAGCAGCAUGACCUUUCACACCAGAUAUGAGGGACAUCAAACGUCAUGACUGAAACCAUGUGGCUCCCAGGUCCACAUUUGCUUUGGAAGGAGGCAGUAGGGUACCUGGGAGCCUAAAUGUGGAAGGCAGAAGUUGACCAGGAGAGUGCAGUCCACAGUAGAGCUGUUUCCUGGCUUCCAGAGGAAAGAACACCAGCAUUUUGCCUGAGCUUUACCCUCAGUAAGUGGCUAUUUUCUGAGGGCCACAGGCCAAAGACGGUGCUAAGAACAUCCCACAUGCCAUCUCAUGAGGAGCCCAUGAGCUGGCGUUUCCACUCUCAAUGUACAGUGAAGAAACAGGAGAGCAGAGGUGAGGUGACUUGUGUGAGGCAGAUGGCCAGUAAGAGUCACCACCUGAAUCCCAGCAGUCCAUCUACAGCCUUCCAGAGCCUGCAAAACUCAAAGAAUGCCCAAGACGGAAGUCCACGAGGCCUUGUUCUGCCACCAGGAAAGAGGGGGUAUAUCUGUGGAAGUGGGACGAUUUCUGUUACGGUACUCAGAAGAGAUGCUUCUCUUUGAGGUAGGGCAUUGCUAGGCAUGGGGCAAUCUGGCAUCUCCUGCCUAUUUGGGGUAAAAAACAAUGGAAAGUUUAUCUUUGGGGUGCCCAUGGAUGAAGCCCUCUCCCACAAUGCUGAGGGUAGCCAUUUCUCAGAUGCAUCAGGGACACCCUGCCCAGGAACUGAAGGAAACGUGCUCUCCACACAGAUGCCCGCUGGCUCUCCUGGAGUCUCUGGCAGUUGCACCCUGCCGCUGCAGCGCCUUGGUUUGGCUGGGGCACAGGAUUAGCCAUCCCCAGGAAAUGCCUCCCUCCGGUCCAGGCAGGGAUCCCAGCACACACACCCCUGGUGGUGGAGGGCGGGUUGAUGGAAUGCUUCCUCUCCGCAGGUCAAGGAGAUCUGGGGACCACCUGGGGCCUUCAGCCCUCCCCCUCCUGGCUGGGGUAGUGCCCAGUCCAGUGCCCCUUCCACGGCCACCUCCCCCCUCCUAGCUGUGUGGGGGCAUGAAUCAGCUCUCACAGCUUGUUAAAAGCUGGACCUCUUGUUUUCAUGCCCUCACCUCAGGAAACGGAGUUACAGCCUGUCCAGUUCUACUCAGCAGGGGGCCAGGGUCCUCACUUUAUAAACAUCUCCAGCCUGUAAGAGCAGAGGGCACUGCCAUGGUAUGAGACAGGAGCCCAAGGAGAGAGAAACCCAAGAGCCAAGGAGCAAGGCAAGGAAAGCAAGGGGAUCCGGCCAGAGGAAUCUGAACCCACGCCAAGAAGGGUCUGAGAGCUGAGCUGCAGGAAUGGCACUAAGGAUGCUCUGGGCUGGACAGGGCAAGGGGAUCCUGGGAGGCUGGAGGAUCAUCGGCUUGGUGGUGUCUCUGCUCCUGCAGCACCCGGGAGUUAACAGCAAGUGUUACUUCCAAGCUCAAGCCCCCUGCCGCUAUGACGGGAAGUUCUUCACUCUGGGCGAAUCCUGGCUCCGCAAGGACUGUUUCCAUUGUACCUGUCUGCAUCCUGUUGGUGUGGGCUGCUGUGACACGUCUCAGCAUCCCAUUGACUUCCCCGCUGAGUGUGAAGUACGCCAGGAGGCAGGAACCUGUCAGUUCUCUCUGGUGCAAAAAUCUGACCCUCGGCUGCCCUGCAAAGGGGGAGGACCCGACCUCGAAUGGGGCUCAGCUAACACCCCUGUUCCUGGGGCUCCUGCUCCCCACUCCAGCUAAAGGAUCACCCAUCCGCUGACUGCUCACUGCUGCUGCCACUUCCAGGGAAACCACUAGCAGCUGCCAAUUUACUCUGAAUAAAUAAAUCAAUGCCACAGCUGAAA